UAAUAGUGGUAAUCGUAAUAAUCGUAGUAAAUGUAGUAAUAGUGGUAAUAUUGGUAAUAGUGAUAGUAGUAGUAAUAGUGGCAAUAGUGGUAAUAAUGGUAAUAUUGGUGAUAGUGAUAAUAGUAGUAAUAAUGGUAGCAGCACUUUGAAUGAAUUUAA